UUUCCGGUUCGAAGAUUCUCCCACAUCACGUGACCCAAGGCUGACAGAAAAAAUGGCGGUGACCCCACGAACCGGCGAGAGAGUCGCCCAGCUGGGCGAACACUGAGACAAAAAUUUCAUCAGAGGACCCGUAAAAUCGCAACUUUCUCCGGCUUUCGUGGUCGUGCAAGCAUACCGGGAUUGAAAGGCCGAAAAAUCUGAGGUCUGAAAGCUGUUGUAUAAGACUUGCAGAGAGUGGAGUGUAAGUGAUAUACUAGCACACAGCCUCAUGAACUGUUGAUGUUCCCACUCCUGGUUUGAAUUGGACCGCACUGAUGGAUAAGUGCAAGCACGUUCUCAAGCAGCGUCUGGCCGAGGACCACUCCAUCCUCAACCCGCAGAAGUGGUCCUGCGGGAUCUGCGGCACCACGGAGAGCGUCUGGGCGUGCCUGAGCUGCUCCCAUGUGGCGUGCGGGCGCUACAUCAACGAGCACGCCCUCCACCACUUCCAGGAGACCAAGCACCCGAUCUGCCUGGAGGUCAACGAACUGUACGUGUUCUGUUACGAGUGCGAGGAAUAUGUACUGAACGACAACAACGCGGGCGACGUGCACCUGCUACGAACCACCCUCAGUGCCAUCAAAAACCAGAGCCUAGGGGCUCGAACGACUCGUAGCGGACGCGUGCUGAGAGCGGGUAAGGACGACAAUGCCGGGCCGAAACAGACAAGCGUGGAGCCGGACCAGUACUACACCGCAAUGUACUUCAGGCGAUUCAUUCUCAUGCGGAAAGUGUUCCUCAUCUGGCGCGACAAUGUGCGAGCGACUAGAAAAGCCAAAGGUUUGCCCCCGCACCCGGAACCCAAGAAACCGGAGAGAAAACGAGUCGUCAAGAGGAGAAGGAGUUAUGAGAGGCCGUCGACCCCCAGCAGACAGAGUCAGCGGACAGCUGAAAGGAGAAGACAGAAAGAAAAGGAAGACGAUUCCAAACCUCGUGCCCCGAUCACACCAGGGGUCACUGGCCUCAGGAAUUUAGGAAACACGUGCUAUAUGAACUCCAUCCUUCAGGUGUUGAGUCACCUUCAGAAGUUCCGCGACCUGGUGCUUAACCUUGACCUUGAUGGCUGCAGCGAUGGUACCUCCACGAGACGGAGGCUGUCCACUGAAGCAUUGGAGUACCGAGCUGGUGGAUCGAGAGGAAUGUUUCGACAAACAAGCGUGGACUGUUUCAAAGCGGUGACAACGCCGCCGGCGAGACGUAAUCUCGGGCGUGGACUGAACGGCGGGUCGUCGUCGUCGGGCAAUGGCAGGGGGAACAAAUUUGUACCAAUCAACGGGGAGGCAGCAAACAUUACGAGUAUAUCGUUGUGUCGCGACCUGCACGCUCUCUUCAGAGUGAUGUGGUCGGGGAAGUGGGCCCUGGUGUCGCCGCACGCCAUCUUGAACUCUGUGUGGAAGCUCAUCCCCAACUUCAAGGGGUACAACCAGCAGGAUGCUCAGGAAUUUCUGUACGAGCUGCUAGAUAAAGUACAAUCCGAGCUAGAGCGACUCUACUCCCCCACCAUGACCAUGAAGGCCAGAAGAAACCCCAUGCCCAUGGAAAUCUUCGCUCAGAACUUCCAGGGAGAGCUUGUCAGUCAGGUGACAUGUCUGGUGUGUGGGUACAAGUCCAACACCUACGAACCCUUCUGGGAUCUCUCACUGGAGUUUCCUGACAGGUACCAAGCUCCUAUGGUGUCUUCCAGAUACCAGUGUGCCAAGGACAGGCCCUUCGCCCCGUCUGAAGACAGCUGCCUGCUCACGGAGAUGAUGGGCAAGUUUACAGAGAAGGAGUACCUGGAGGGGAAGGUGUAUGAGUGCUCGCAGUGCAACAGUCGGCGUCGUGCUUCCUCGAAGAAACCUCCCGUGAAGACAGAGGCCUCCAAACAGCUGCUGAUCACCAAGCUACCUCAGAUCCUCAGGCUCCACCUCAAGAGGUUCAGAUGGUCAGGACGUAACCACCGCGAGAAGAUUAAUGUUCACGUGGACUUUGGCGAGGAGUUGGACAUCGCUCCGUACUGUUACGUGCCCGACGGCAGCGAGGUGGAUACGAUGUACUGUCUACAGGCAGUGGUCAUCCACCACGGCCGGGGCUUCGGCUCAGGACACUAUACAGCCUACUGUUGGAAUGACGAGGCUGGUUUCUGGGUCCACUUCAACGACUCCCGCCUGGAUCUGAGCUCCAUCGAGGACGUGGUGGCGGGACAGGCCUACAUCCUGUUCUACGUGCAGAAGCAGAAGCGGGCGCCCCCCUCCCCAGAGGAGGAGGAGGUCGACAUCAUGGAAGUAGACGAGGAGGCGGAGGAGGAACAAAAAGCGACAGGCAGCGGCGGCGGGGACAGUACUGAGGACACGUCUCAAAGUCAAACCGCGGACCAAGAGGAGGACGACCUCAGGAAACGUAGACGCACCGAGGAAGCGUAGACGCGUAGAGUAGCCAGGCGGAGAUGUUCUCCUGUCACUAUCUCCAAGUUUAGUCCCCGUAAAACAUGUAGCAAUUGUAGUAAAACAGGGAUGCGAUCAGCCUGUUAUCCAUCCUUUUCUAGCCCCCGUUUGCUCCUCUGGUUGCUUCUCCCUCUGGUUGCUUCUCCACUAAAUUUUCUGGCCUUGUCCGGAUUGAAACUUUUGGCUCUUAAUCUAAGUUAAUGCAAUUUGUCUUGAAUCAAAUAUUUCUUACAAGCAGUGUGAGGGGGAUGGCUCUGCUUCUUUGCAUCCUGUUACCAGGACAUGUGAUUCAGAGCCAAACAAAAUUCUCACCUAAUAUUUUACUUAAAUAUGCAAAUGCCAGUAAUUUCUCUUUUAAAAUUUAUCAGACUAUUCGUCAGGGGAUGCAUCUAAAUGAGCUAACCAGGGCUAGAAUUUGGUCAGUACCAGGCAAGGGAUACAGACACACAGCACUUUUAGAUCCUCUGAAAAUUUUGUACACCCGAGCACCUGCUUAAAGUAACUGUCGUACAAAUUGCUACUUUUCUUAGCAUCACAAUAGUCUUACAGAGCUAUCAGUAAGAAACUUUCUGUUUGGUGAUGUCAUAUUGUCAAAUCGUAGUGAUAUGCUUAAAGUAUUCCUUUUCAGUUUUUAUUGAUCUUGUCUUGAUCGGUCUUGUGUUCAUUGAAGUCAAGCAUUUCGCAUACAACUAAGGUGUAAACUCGUACUUAAACAGCUAGGGUUUGGACACAUUGCUUUCACUUCUGUCCAGCUAACGACAACUCUUUCACUAGAGAAGAAACCAAGUGGUGGGAGAAAUAGUUGAAUGUGUUAUAGAAUCUAUUCUAAUAUCUAUGGUUGGAUCUUGGUACAUAUAUAUCCAUUAAUUGAAUCAGUGUCAGUUGUGUGCUCCAUUUUAGUUGCUUGCAUUUUGAGAGGUGAAUAUUUUGGGCGGCAUCCUUAGUUAAAGAGAAGAGAACGGAUGUUUUUCUUUUGAAAGAUUGAAAUUUGUGUUUCGAACUAAAUGAAAUUGGCUUGGGGAUGAACAUUUUCUAGCACUGUGGUAGAUUUAUAGGGAAAAAGAGCACCACACAUUUACAAACAACUGUCACAUCUGGAAUUCAGUGAAGAAAAAAUGACGCCAGGACUCUUGGCAAAAAUUAGCCAAUAAAAAUCGGCCUGAAAUCAGUCAACAUGAUGGAAAAGAACUUAUGUGCUUUGUAUGUAGAACUGCAUGAUGUACCAAGUGAAGUGAUAGGCUUACUGAAGCUCAUUUGAUUCUUUGUCAGACUUUUUCUCUACUCAGCAAUCUUUGUCUUAUUUUGCAUUCCACCAAAACUGCAAUGCAUUUUUGUGUGAAUAGGUCUUAUUGAAGUCUUGUAAAUAAGUUUGGUAUCUAUGGAGCGUACUCACAGUACAAGUGUACUUAAAUUGUUACUUUUUGAAGACGAAUUAUUUGUCCUUGCGACACUUCUCUUAGAAUGUUUUAUUACAUAAUGGGAAUGUAUGCACACUUAAACAUGAAAAGGAAAUUGAAAGUUAACAAGAAGCAUGGACUAGAAAAUACAAGCCAUCACAGAAUAAAGGUACCAAGUUCAACUAUGAUCUUGUUUAAUGUGCCAGAAACCAAACAUAAGAAAAGUAUAAGACUUCCAUAAGAACUACAAAUGGAACUCUGAACAUUCUUGCAGCCUCUAGAAAAAUGCUACCAUCUCUUCAGCCCUUUGCAGAUAUGUAACUCAGUCACAAUAGAAAGCAAUUUGUAUGAUUUUUUUUUUCCUUAGAAAAUGAAUAGGCUAUUGGACCAUUUGAUUUCGAAAAAGUAGGUUUCGUUUUGAGCCGAUGACGUCUAGUACAAAAUAUCCCCGGAUUAGAAAACAAGCAGCACAUUUGUCGUGCUACCUGGUAACUUCUGUAAUAGUGAUUAGUGUUAAUAGUAUCAUUGUAAACUUUUUUGUUUGCAUAAUGUAUAUCUGUUUUUCUUGCGUUGUCAUUUAAUCUUUGUCUGCUAAGUAGACAUCUUUGUGUCUGAUUGCAGCUACAUGUAGUUGAUUGCCGAGUGUAGCGUAUUGUAGCAGUAGGCACCUAAUCAUAUGUAAGACCAUAGAGCUUUGAUAGCAGUGUUUUUUCUUCAAUGUAUUAAAGACUUAGAAAACAAGACUAAUGAUAAUGCAUUGUUACUGUUAGUGGUAACCUAUGCCCUGUGGUGUACAUGAGGAUAACAGACGAAGAUGUAUUAUACAAAAGGAGCAUUUGUUGAUUCAGUUCUCUAUACAAAAUAAACUCAGCAGAGUAGC